AUGCAACAGAGGUGCAUGCAACGUAGGUUGAGCCCAUUCGAUUGGCGGCGGGGCAUCAGCAGCAGCGGAACCGGCGGCACCAUGGCAGCCCAGCCAUUGAGCAGCACGGCGGCAACAACUGCGGCGGCAACGGGAGCAACUGCGGCAACUGCAGCAACGGCAGCAACCACAUCGGCGACCUUGAGCACAGCCGCUGCUUCCACCUCGACCACGGCAGCCCCAUCCGCGGGAGCCACGUGGAUGAACCACCACCUGGCGGUGGAAGCGGACGGCUCUCAUCCGGCGAACGGCAGCGAUGCGCAGGCGGGCGUUGAGGGCCCCACAAUGCCAGCCGGCUACAUGCCGCUCUACGAGGAUGUGGAAACGGCGGCGGAGGACGCCGGCUACGCGCUGAUCGACGACAUCAGCGAGUGGCUCUUGGGUUCGGUGGGCGGUGAGGCGGCAGUGGGCGGGCCCGAGAACAGCACGAACUUGGCGGGGACGGGCGCCAACGGAACCCUGGCCUGGCUGGAGGCACUGAACAGCACGCAGCCAGCCCAGAGCAACUCCAGUGCGGAGGACGGUGAGCGGGGGCGGUACUCGCUGCGCAGCUUUGUGGAGCAACAGCUGGCGGGCGGAGGGGCAGCGGGAGCGGGCGACGGCGGCGAUGCUGGCAUCGCGCUGAUCGACAGCGGGGAGGAGGCGGCCCUGGACAAUGUGGCGGAUGCGGAGACGGACUACGGCAUGCUGGGCGGCUUCGGGGAUGCGGAACUGCUCCAGCGGACAGCAACGGCGGCGCGCGAGACGCUGGGCAAUCGAACGGCGCCCUCGACGACCAGUUACGAUGGAGGCGGCUCUGCGGACGUGGGCGUGGCUGGCGGACUGGCCGGUACGGCGGGCGGGGCUGCAGGCGGCGCAGGAGGAUCAGGGGGCAGCACCUUCAUGCUGCUGCUCGAAAACUUUAACGAUUAUUUUCCCAACUACAAUGGAAGCACGGUUUCGGGAACAAGCACCAUUGCGCCGGGAGUGGCCAUCCCGGGGAGCAGGGGCAGCGGACUGCUCCUCGAGCAGAACCUGACGGGACUGUACCUCGACGGCUACCGGCUGAACUGCACCAACGAGACGCUCAACCUGACCGACUCCUGCGGCGAGCUGAGAGUGGUGGACCACAACUACUGGGCGCUCAUCCUGAUCCUGUUCCCCAUCCUGACCCUCUUCGGCAACAUCCUGGUCAUCCUGUCCGUGUGCCGCGAGCGCUCCCUGCAGACGGUCACGAAUUAUUUUAUAGUCUCGUUGGCCAUCGCCGAUCUCCUGGUCGCCGUGGUCGUGAUGCCAUUUGCUGUCUACUUUCUGGUAAAUGGAGCCUGGGCCCUGCCUGACGUCGUUUGUGAUUUCUAUAUAGCCAUGGAUGUGAUAUGCUCUACUUCAUCGAUAUUCAACUUAGUUGCCAUCUCCAUAGACAGAUACAUCGCUGUGACACAGCCAAUAAAGUACGCCAAGCACAAAAAUAGCCGCCGCGUUUGCCUUACGAUACUGCUGGUGUGGGCCAUAUCGGCUGCCAUCGGAUCGCCGAUAGUUCUGGGCCUCAACAACACGCCCAACCGCGAGCCCGAUGUAUGCGCCUUCUACAACGCCGACUUCAUACUCUACUCCUCGCUGAGCAGCUUCUACAUACCCUGCAUCAUCAUGGUGUUUCUCUACUGGAACAUUUUCAAGGCGCUGAGGAGUCGGGCGCGGAAGCAGCGGGCGGCCCGCAAGCCCCACCUAUCGGAACUCACGGGCGGCAGCGUCAUCGAGAACAUUGCCCAGACCCGGCGCCUGGCGGAGACGGCCCUGGACAGCAGUCGCCAUGCCAGCAGGAUCCUGCCGGACGAGGCCGCCACCAACACGGCCAGCGGCUCCAACGAGGAGGAGGACGAGAACGCCAUCUCGCCGGACAUCGACGACUGCCACGUCAUCGUGAACGACAAGUCCACCGAGUUCAUGCUGGCCACCGUUGUCGAGGAGACGGGCAACAGCGUUGUGGCCCAAAUCACCACACAGCCGCAGCUGGUCGUCGCCGAUCCGAAUGGUAAUCAUGAUUCUGGUUAUGCAGCCUCAAACGUUGACGAUGUCCUUGCAGGCGUGGCGCCCGCCUCCGCCUCGGCCGCCACAUCCGCCGCUCCGCGGAGCAGCGGCUCGCCGCCGGACAGUCCGCUGCCCAGUGGCGCCACCCUCCAGCGGUCCAGCGUCAGCAGCCAGCGGCGCCCCACCGGCGACGACUCGCCGAAGCGCGGCGAGCCCGCCCUCAGGUCAGUCGGUGUCGAUAACUCCAGCGUCGCCAUGAAGCCAUUGUCCUUUGUGCGGUACGGAGUGCAGGAGGCCAUGACUUUGGCACGCAACGACUCGACGCUAUCGACUACAUCGAAAACGUCCUCGCGCAAGGAUAAGAAGAACUCGCAGGCGUCAAGAUUCACGAUAUACAAGGUGCACAAGGCCUCGAAAAAGAAACGCGAAAAAUCGUCGGCCAAAAAGGAGCGCAAGGCCACCAAAACAUUGGCCAUUGUUUUGGGUGUCUUCCUGUUCUGCUGGCUGCCGUUCUUCAGCUGCAACAUCAUGGACGCCAUGUGCGCCAAGUUCAAGAAAGACUGCCGACCUGGGCUCACCGCCUACAUGAUGACCACCUGGCUGGGCUACAUCAACAGCUUCGUGAACCCGGUGAUCUACACGAUAUUCAAUCCCGAGUUUCGCAAGGCCUUCAAGAAGAUCAUGCACAUGGGGUGAUUAUCAACGGCGAGCACGUCACCAGCAAUAGUCAUAGCAAUAGCCAAUUGGAUGAUGGGUCCCUUGUGGAACGGAUCGUGCCCGGGAGCGGAUGGCAAAGUGUGCCAAAUGGAGGCCAUCGAUGCAGCAGAGAUCUCAAUUGGGCUCCAGUUUCGUUUCGUUUGUCGUUCGUUGCGUUUCCCAAUAGCUUUAAGGUUCAGCUACUUAUGUAAAUAGAUCUGUACAUACCACUAAACUACAAUACAUACAUACAUGCUAUGUGGAGCAUGGAGCGUGGAUAGCGAGCUGUAGGCUAGGUACAAUUUUUAACAAUUACAUUAAGCUAACCCCAAGUAGCGAUAUAAUCAACACACAGCCAGCACGCGAUUAUGAUUCCAAAGUAGCCGUAAGCAAAGCGCCACGGAUACGAUUCGCUUUACCAGGAUAGAGUAGUGUCCUUCGAAGUGGGCUGCUCCCACAACCUAUCACAUAUCACGAGCAGCAAGCUUUUCCUCCUCCCACCCAAAAACCAAGACCCACGGCACACAGAACCCCCCUUCCGAUUCCCCCAGUACGAUUAGGUAAGCGAGUGUAAAGAAAUUCAUAUCCUUAGAGGCCGGAUUGUUCCACAGCGACACGAGGUGUCGGUACCUAGAGUUAGUUAGCUAAAUCGCGGAUAGAUCGCACUUAAAUCGGAUACAGUAGCUAGCGGGCCUCGAGGUCGGCGCCCUCCACCACAGACACAUCACAUACGAAUGUUCCAAGUUAGUUGGCUGACCGCCCAUUGAUGGGCCAUGGACGUAACCACAACCAUCGGCGACAGAAUUGCACCCAACUUAACAGGGUAACACGCACACACACACGAACAGACGCAAUGAAUCAAAUGAGCCCCACAAAUGAAUACGAUAUCGAGGGGCGCCGACCCCGAUGAAAGUCCCGCUUAGAGGUCACUUUCAGUUCGACUUUCGGUUUGACAUACAGUCUCGUACAGGAUAUACUCGUAUAUACUACAUAGAAGCAUUUAAGAUCCAGAGGUCGUACCUAGGCUAGUCACUUGAUCUAGAUCGAAUAUACUCACCACCCACAUAUGUAUAUGCGUAGAUAUAAAUCAGUUAGUACCAAGGGGAGCCGGGAUGCAUAGCAGGGAGUAGGGGGAGAAUCAGGGUAUCUAGAGCAAAGGCUAUCGCAUUGCUGGAAGCAAUAUGAGGGUUACCUUAGCGGAUAGAGUAGCAAAUAUCGGUGUAAGCGUACGUGUAUAGUGGAAUAUCAAAACUGAGUUUUGAAACACGGACCGAAGCCUGUGUCCUGCCGCAAAUGAGAGCCGGACUUGGGUGCACAGAGGCAUGGCCCCGGGCAAUCCAAGCCGUAUUUUGGCAUGCCGGCAGGACUACAGCCGUUUGGUCCCUGAUUUCAACAGCCGUCCUUUUAACUGUUUCUAUGUGACAAAUAAUUGAUAGGUAAUUACUCGAACGUGUGUAGUAGUUUAUAAAACGAUUCCAUUUAUUGUGUACCUAGGCGUAAGCAGUGCCCCGGCUCAAAUUUCCAUGAAACCCCGUAGGAAACUCGCGGAAAAGCUCAACGGUUUUUAUACUUUCCUAAGAACUCCACUACCACAUACGCGUUAGCUUCAGUGUGUGUGUGUUUGAGUCUGUUUGUGUGUGUGUGCGUGUGUGUGUGAGUGGGUGAUUGGAUGGUUUUUUUUUCGAAAGGAUAAAACUCUAGGCGAUAGGACUAGACUAAGACUAUGGAAACAGUUCAACUUUCAGAUCAGUGCGAAAUGCUCCUAAGUUAAGUUCUUCCAAAGAAAACGCUUAUUAAUUAUAGCUAAUUGGUAAAUUUGCAAUUCGAACUAACUAUUUAUACAUGCGUACACCAACAUAGGCACACACCACACAUUAAUGUUAAUUUAUCAAAAUUGUAGCCUGAGUUUUCGAGUCGUUGAAUUGUUGUCUGUUAUCGUUACGUUGUGAAUGGGAUAUAGCAUACAUAUAGGGUCCCCCGAGAUCUCUCUACCAAUAAAGCAUAUAUACGAGUUUGUAAGAUAACUGGGGUGCAAGCGGAAAUGCAGAAACUGAGAUGAAAAUGAGAACUAUUUUAAAGAGAGGCGAGAAUCGGUUUUUUUUUUCUAGAAAAUUAUGAGAAUUAUUAACUAAAUGAAGCGUAGGCUAAGCUCUCAGAAAAGCAAACUAUUUCAAAAAUAAUUAUCAUAGCUUACGGAAAUAAUAAUAGCGAAUAACAACAAUAAACUAAUGGUACAGAAUAGUAUGCGUCAGCAUAAGAAUACAUCAAAUAAAUAAAGCAAAACUGAA